UCAACACGUGUGCCUGUAUGAUAAAUCGUCAGAGCCUUCAGAGGAACCCUGUGUAUAAUAAUCAGAAAACCAAGCUAAUCUGAACUGAAGGUUAACAGUAAAUUAAGUGGACUGUGUUCCAGAAAACACAGUCUGGUGGUCCUGCUCUGUUGCGGUGCCUUGGCUGGACAUCUGCAGAACCACAUCCCUCCAAUUCAGACACAUUGUUCGGAAAUGUGCGGCUGUUAAUUCUCUCUGCAGCCAGGUUUCUAUGCAGGGGCUCUGUAAGGGGGGCGGGGUGCUGUCAUCUACAGAAUGUUGGCUCAGAGUAGAAGCCUGAUUCUGCUGCGUCUCAACAGAAAGGGUCGGGAUGUCAAAUUCCUCCAGGUUUCUUGCAGCACAUUUAGCCCCCGCCCCCCUCGAGGCACAUCAUCCAGGACACGCGGGCGGACCGAACUAGUUUAGUGUCCUAAAGAUAGAGCCGAGGAGUAAAAUGGAGAGCUAAAAGUGAGGGUGCAUCAAGUGCCCAUGUUGUGGAGUCAUCCGUGGGACUUCCGCCCCCGGGAAGCCGCGGUGACCGGAAACGAGAUCCCUUUUGUUUCCGCGGCGCAUCGUCGCUUUGAUCCGCGACUGAAGCGCUUUGAUCCGCCGCGGGGCUCGCGCGGUUUACAGACGGGGUCAGCCCGGGGGAGCGGCUCCACCGCGGAGUCUAAAAUGGCAGCGGGGGUGUCGGUGGGUGCAGAUGCAGCAACGGCUCCUUCCGACGGGGAGACGCAGCGGAGACCCUCCUCCUCCUCCUCGUGUCGUCAUCGGGUGUCGCCCAGUCAAAUAAUAGUCGUGAACCCGUCGCUGACCAAGGAGAUGAGGGGACUCCCGUCGCUGUACCGGGGCUUGUUCACCCUGAGCAACCGUCAAGCCAGACGAGAAGCCGGGACGGUCGGUCCCCGGUGCGGGUUUUGCGGAACUCGGUCUAAUAGCAAGCCACAGCCAAAAUUUGGGCUGUUGUUCGAUAUUGAUGGCGUACUUGUCCGGGGGAGGAUGCCGAUCCCCGCUGCAAAGAAGGCGUUUGAGAAGUUGGUCGACUCUCAGGGACAGUUUGUGGUGCCGGUCGUAUUUGUCACGAAUGCAGGAAAUUGCCUCCGACAAACAAAAGCAGACCAACUCUCUCACAUCCUGGGAGUACCUAUCGCACAAGAUCAAGUCAUCAUGUCGCACAGUCCUCUGAGGAUGUUCAAGAAGUUCCAUGAUAAGUGUGUGCUGGUGUCAGGACAAGGACCCGUCCUGGAAAUUGCUAAAAAUUUGGGCUUUCAGAAUGUCGUCAGUAUUGAUAUGCUGAGGGAAUCGUACCCGUUGCUGGACAUGGUGGAUCACAACAGGAGACCCAAACUGCCGUCCAACCCUGUUAUCAACCCUCCUAAGGUUGAAGCUCUGGUUCUGUUCGGGGAGCCAAUUCGAUGGGAGACCAACCUGCAGCUGAUCAUUGAUGUGUUGUUGACUAACGGUAACCUCAGCAGUGUUCAUCAAACACAUAAGAUGCCUCACCUCACCGUGCUCGCCUGCAACAUGGACCUCAUGUGGAUGGCUGAGGCAAAUUCUCCACGGUUUGGCCAUGGGACCUUUCUCGUGUGCCUGGAGAACAUUUAUAAGAAGAUCACAGGUAAAGACCUGAAGUACGAGGCGCUCAUGGGAAAACCCAGUGAGCUGACCUACCAUUUUGCAGAAUACCUCAUCAGAAGCCAGGCCAUGCAGCGGCAAUGGAAACUCCCCAUCACUUCACUUUAUGCUAUAGGGGAUAACCUUAUGACUGACAUCUAUGGCGCCAAUCUAUACAACCGCUUCCUGGAGGAGAGAGUUGCUAGAAAGAACCCCAAAGCCGUCGCUAAGAUGGUGGCCGCCACGGGAUCCACCACUGCCGUGCCCCAGGAGGAGGACGUCGACAACCUGUGGGAGAGCGAGCUGGCGCUGCCCUCCGCAACGUCCUGUAAGUCUGUCCUCGUCUGCACGGGGGUCUACAACCCCAACGCGGAGGUGCCCCCGGAUGCAAACCACUGCAUCAAAGAGACGGUGUUCCACGGGCACCGGGACUUCAGAUUCGACCCUGCGCUGGUGGAGCCCGGCCAAAUUGUGCAGGACGUGGCCGAAGCUGUUGAUCUGAUCUUUGAGCUGGAGAAGUUUGUGCCUCAGUAGAGUUUGACCUAACGCGCUUCAUGUUUUCAUGAACAGGUAGUAGAGGAGGGGUGGAGCAUUAAACUGGGUAUAUCGUUUAACGCAUAAAUGUGUAGGAGCCUAACACUGUGGACAUGGUUUGACCACCUGACACGGCAUCGACAAAGUAUGUGUCAUCCUCUAAACAUUCAACACUGAGACCAACCUUAAAAAAGAUGAAUCAUAAAUCAGUUACUGUCAACUGCCCUUUUUAAUUGUUUAUGUGCUAGUCUCUAAAUACCUGCAAUGUGUAAGAAUUGCCUUAUUUUACCCUACUAAGUAUCUUUUUUUAGAUGAUAGUAAUGUUUUAGAUUAUUACAAAUCCUGAAAUCAUCCUAUAUUUAUUACAAGAAUUUGCCAAUGUUUUUAAGAAGCAUAUUCAGAUAACAUUUGACCUUUAUUCUAUAUGACUUUUUGUCAUUGCAUUUUUAUCCACUUAUCCUGGGAAAUCUAUGCAUGAAUUCAACAGAAAAACUUGUACUGUAAUAACAAAUGUUUGAUGUGCAAUAUUGUCCUCCGAUAGUUCUGUCACCGCAUUUUGUCCAGUCGUGAGAGCCUCGACCAAUAUCUGCACAAAUCAGAGACUCUCAUCUUUGUUUAAUGUUUCUUCCAUUUCUUCCUGCCAUAAAACAUGUUUGUUGUUAUGUAGAAAAAUGUAAUUCCAGUAUUAAAAGCUAAUUAAACGUUUAUUUAGAUACAAGGAAAAUGUAAAUCAAACACUUUUACUGCCCCACAUUUGUAAUAAUUCACUCAUUGUAAAUAUUUUAACGUAAGGAAAUAUAAGGGAACAGUCACACAACCUUUGCAAAAUGUUUGUGUGCCUUUUUUUUUUCCCCAGUCAGAAAUGAUUGACACCCGUUGGGAAAUUGUCAAGAUAUACACUGUCUCUAUGUAAUCAAACAAACGCUCAGUCUUUUUGUAAGAGCACAAUUGAAAAGUGCAUAGGUCUGAGUGGUUGAGAUCAGUUGUGAGAAGAAAUUUAAUGCAUAGACUGAUAUAGAGUUAGAUCUCAUGACUAAAUGAGUAAACAUGUUCCCAGAGAACAGGUUACAUUGUUAGGAAAAAAAAAUAACCUGUAAGAAGACGGAGCUCUGGAGGUUUAACAGUAAAAUAACUUUACUGCUAAAAAAAACCCAAACUGAAAUAAAUCCAUUGUGCUGCCUUGUUA